AUGAAAAUUGCAUCGCUUCUCAAAACCAAGGCAGCACCAAAGAGUGCCUUGCAAACGUUGAUUGGAUUUUUGGUGAGAGGACACAGGCUCACGCCUCAACAAGGACAAGAUAUUACACACUUUAUGGAAAUGACUAAACGUAGAAUACAAUUGGAAUUGAGAAAUAAAGAAUUUAUUGGACGUACCUUCGGAAAUGAAUCAUCAUCAACUCCAAAUGUUACCGCAUACGUGAACGGAUUGGGUACAGUGAAUAGAGUAGUGAUUGAUGAGUCUAUUUCAAAUUUACCAAGAAAUAGAUUGAAUAAUUUUAUUGUUGUUGCUGUUGCCAAGGCACUUCAACAACCAAAGGAAUAUGUACACAAUUCUUUGAAGGCUAUGAAUAACGAAUGUCUUGCUCAGCUGUAUGGAGCAUUAGAGGCCUAUGAUCCAAAGAAGGAUACUCUUGUCGAAGACUCACCUCUCCGACAUGCUUUUGUUGUGGACCAAUUAUAUCUAAAUGCUCUAUAUCAACAAGUUUUGGAAGAGGCAUCCAAGCCAGAAGGAUACUUGCAUGAGGAUGAAGAACUCUUCUACAAGGAGAAGAAGCGUGAGCUCUCAGAUGCAGAGAUAGAUGCUAUCAUGCUGAGUGAGAAGGUGCCAGAUUUGACCAGAAUUUAA